AUGAAGCCGGAGCGUUGUACUGGCGAUCGCAGGACUGAAGCGAACUUCCGUCGGCUGGCCGCGAUGCUGGAGGUGGCGGAGGACCCGGACUACGAGUUCCUGCGCGAGUUUGCCAGUGCGGGUGCACGAGAAGACGAGCUGGAAUCUACCUGUGAGCCUCCACUCUGUGAGAAUUACAGCUCGGCAACAGCAAACAUGGACGACAUACGUCGGCAGGUGGAGGAGGGUCUGCAAUGCGCAUCCGUGGUGGCCUUUUCGAAAGAGGAGGCCUUGCAGAAGUUUGGUGGUCACCUGGCUGUUGCGGCGCUUGGAGCUAUUCCGAAGAAGGCAGGAUCGUCGGUUGUCCGCAUAAUCCAUGACGCCACACACCAUGUGGAGGUGUUUGGCCUUAAGUAUGACGUCAGCAGAGUGCACAGCUUGGUCCCGAUAAGAGAGGAAGAUUGGAAGUACCAAGCGCUUUGUCUUGAUGACCCGGAGGUGAUCUACAUGCACACUGUCGGGCCUUCGGCUUUGCAUCGGCCGCUUAUUAUUGGCAGCGGCUCGCAGCCGUGGCUGUCAACUUGGCGCACUAUCUGUGCGAGUUGGCUGCCACGACGGACUGUUGCUUGCGUCGGGGCAGGGCUUUUGAUUGCGCAUGCUCUUCUGGCUUAUGUCCUCGAGCUUCUCGAGAUCCCUUUGUCCUGGAAGACAGUUGCUGGGGGUACGUCGUUAGGCUGGAUUGGCUACCAGCGGGGUGGCUCAACUGCCACAGAACUGCCACCGGGACUUGUCGCCACACAGCCUUUGUCAAUUUGCUUGUUGCUGGAGUUCAUGAAGAAGGAAGUCGAGCGUGCGCCAAUGACCGCCCCGAAGUCUUUGUCGCAUGUGCAGGCUGGACAAGAAGUCGGCGCCGUGGGCGUACGUCAAAGGCGUGCCAUUGGAGCUCUGGAGCUCGUUGCUACACUGGUCGCUGUUUGUGUUUUCGGGCCUGGAGCAGUGUGGCGCGAGAGCACCACGACAGCGGUCAUUGCUGGCUUUACGGACAAUGCCGGCAGUGGUGGACAAGAUGAUGGCAACGGCUUUCCCGCUGUCGAUCAUCUUGAUGGAGCUGGCGGUACAGCUGGAUGCACUGGGAACGUCCUUGCGGACGCACUGACAAACAAGCAGUUCGGUGACUUCGACCCGCGCCUGCGCAUCAGUGUAGACGUCCCCAAGCUUGAUUUCCGUGUUUUGCCCAGGUUGAUGGAUGCAGCGAUGCAGCUGAACAGCGAAAUUCGCAUGCAGACCUUUGGUGAGCGUGUGCUGCCUUGA